AUGGACGACGAAACGAGGAAGCGCGACCUCGACAGGUGCGGAUGGCUGACUUCAUGCUGGGACACAAUAGAAAGGGUUGAUGAAAUGCGCGAAAGCCCUAAAACCAGGGACUUCACCAUCCAUUGCGGCGGACGUGAGUUCAAGGUUCACAAGGAACUUCUUAGUCUCAGGUCCAAGUACUUUUCAAGAAUGUUCCACCACCCCUACCUGGAAACCCUCAGCAACAAGAUCGAGUUCCCCGACGACGACCCAGAUGCCAUCGCAGAUAUGGUUGAUUACAUGUACAGCACGUCCUUCUACCGUAUGCAGAUCGACCAAUCCUUCGCCGCCUUCAUCCACCGCUCCGCCCAGCUCUUCAUCAUCGCCGACAAGUACGAAGUUAAAAGCCUGCGUAGUACCGUCCUGGAGGCCUUUGAGUGGGCACUAAAGGCGCGUCCUCCGAAAGAUUGGUCUGCCACAGAGUUGCGCCAGCUAAUCAACAUGGUAUACGACUCGACCAUCCAAGGCAGCGAGCUCCGCCCGAUCCUGGUGAACGCACUGGGCAAUCCGCUCUUUGAUAAGCUGCUGGAUGGCAUGAGGGAAGGCCUUUAUGAGAGCCCGGACUUCCUCUACGAGCUGAUGUUGAGCAUGCGCAGCCACCGACUCGGUCCCCAAGCGAUGGUUUUCUUCAACGAUUACCCUUGCUUAUCUUUUUAG